UUGCGCGUUCCCAAGGUGUUGAUUGGACGCAUCGUAAAAAGCUUCUGUGGCAUUUUGGAAAUGGAAGCCGUCAAAAUUUACAAAAUAACAACAUAUCACGGCCGUCCAAACUGAACGCGAUCACUCGCAACUCCAAAUUUACUCACAACAGUUUUCACAUUUAAACGAACAAAAAGUUUAUACAGUGUUAAACGUUAAAGUUGUUUGUACAGAGGGUAACCUAACCAUCGUGAAAUGAAUUAUUUCCAUAAUAGUUUAUAGCGACCUUUCCACUUGUGUUUCUGCAUAUCUUGAAGUUUUUUUUAAUUCAAGCUGUAAAUAAACAUUGGUAAAGUCUUGUUUUAAAAUUUGUAUUGAAAUACCUUCAUAUCGUAAGUUACUACAUCCGAUUACUAAAAGUAAUCAAAACAACUAAAGGUAGCUUAUUAGAAUCGUUGGGUUGUUUAUGAUAAUGUGAUUGGAAUUUGUAUUCGUACGAAAUUUACAAUGAGCGAUAAUAAAAAUAACAAAGAUGAAACUAACAGUGGAAAGGUUGUUAAUGGACAUUCCAGCUGCAAGGAUUUCAGUGAUACUGUGCCGUUUUACACACAACGAGGAAUUUAUUUGAAACCAAUAGCAAAGAUAAAUGUAUCGGUAAAUCUUCCUCAACUAAAAACUCCAGGCAAAACUAUAUCAACAUGGGAUGUAAUGGAGAAGAUGCGUCUAUUGAUACGACCCGACGAGUUUGCUUCGCUCAAAGUCAUCCAGAGUACAUUAGAAUUCAUGAGAUUCGAGGCAGAUCUAGGAGACAAAUCCAGGCUACAGCGAGUACUAGCAAAAUUAGAUGGCCAACGUUUGAACUUGGCCGGAUUUCCAAAUAUUUUAAAAGUGAAGGCAGCCGAGACCAAGGAUGAUUUUCCAAGCAAACACUCCUGGGACUCAUACUUCAGAGAUGCUAGACAUAUGAAUGAACUCAAAGCAGGUGAAAGACCUGAUACAAUUCAUAUCACUGGACUUCCAAUCAGCUGGUUCUGUGAAGAUGGUAGCAAAACCCCUAGUGAACAGUUAAUGAUUAAAAUCUUUCACAAGUGGGGUGAUGUUAAAAGAGUAGAUAUUCCUGCAGCAGACCCUUAUAGAUCUCGAAUGAGACUUGAAACAAAUAAGCAGCAAACUUUUAGUUUUGGCGAUGGUAUUUAUUUUGAUAUUUAUAUACAAUUCUCAGAAUACAUGGAUUUUGUGAAAACAAUGAAUGUAUUGAGAGGUAUGAAACUUCUUAAAAAAGAAAAAGAAAGCCAACAUCAAAUUGCAUCUAUAAAAGUCGAUUUUGAUAAGACUAAACAUAUGACUGAUAAUUCUGUUUCCCGAAGAGCCUUUGAGAGAAAACGUCUCAUAGCUCAAGAUGAUUUAGCAAGAGAUAAAUUAUUAAAAAAAAAAUUAGCAGAAGAAAAAGAAAAAGAAGAAAUGAAAAAUAAGCAAGAAAAAGUGGAACAAGAAAAAUAUUCGAGACGUCGAAUGAGAGAAGAAAAACGUAAGCGCAAAGCAAUUACAGUUUUCCGAAAACAAGAAGAGGAUAAAGUAUCGCUAAAAAUUGCUUAUGAAGAAAGAAAACUCAUUAAAACCCAAAGGCAAUUGGAAAGUAUGAGAUUAUUGGGUGAACUUUUUGAUAGAAUAAAAACAAAAAUUGAAAAAAAAGAAAUUGAAAUUAAAGUCAAAACCAAUGACGAAAUUCUGAGCAAAAAAGAAGAAAGUGACUCAAAGCAUGAUAAAGACGAUGAAAAGAAGAAAAAUGUGAAAGGCAAAAAGAAAAAAAAGUCGGACAUUGAUUCUGAUAAAUCUGACGAUGAAAAAAGCAAGGCAAAAAAGAAAGAUGAGCUAGUAGCUCCAAUAGUACGCCCUGAAGUUUAUUUACCAGGAGAUCAUAAUUCUUGGUAUUACAAUUCUCCUUUACCAUUACUGCCAUACCCACCGAUCAAUAAUUUCCGACGAGGAAGAGCAACGCGAGGAUUCAGAGGUAAUCGAGGUCCUAGAAGUAGAAGAGAUGCAAGCGACUAUCAGCAUCCAACGCAGAUAAAUGAGCAGUACUACAAAUACUUUGCCAGUCUUGUUGGUCAAGAUUAUCAUGACUUUAUUCAUAGUGAUGAGGAACGCUAUGUUUCUCGGAGAAGUAGGAGUAGAAAUAAGUCUAGAUCUAGGUCUAGAUCUAGGUCUAAAAGUAGAGAUAGAAAAAGACGCAGUCUUUCAAAAUCACGUAGAAGAUCCCGAUCUCGAUCUCGUUCUCCUAGAACAAAGUAUAAUCGUCGAAAACAUCGAACUCGAAGCCCAUCUCGAACACCACCUCGAUCAAAAAGACGCCAUCGUUCGAAUUCUCGUUUUCGACGUUCCGAAUCUCAAGUAUGCGUAACACGAGCCAAAUCACGUACCCCGGUAAAACGGAAUCGCAGUCGCUCUUGGUCAUUACCACGAUCAACUGAACGAAGAAGCUGCUCGUGGGAAAAAGAUUCGAACGACGAGAAAAAAGUUACCGACGAGAAGAAUUCCGCAAAAAAUAACUCGAAAAAAACUGAUGGAAAUAAGGAAACUAAGAAUCACGACAACAAAUCAGAACACAAAGAAAAAGAGCGAGAUAAAUCAACAGACAAGGAUAAAGUGAAAAGCAAGAGUAGCAAAGUAACCAAAGAAAAAGAAAAAUCGAAAGACAAGAAAAAGAAUAAAAGUUCUGAAAAAGUAAAGGACAAAGUUAAGGAAGUAGAUAAAAAUCAUGCAGAAAAAGAUGGUCCAAUUUUUGAAAUUGUUAAUGAUAAAAUACGUGAAAAUGCUUAACAUUGUGAAUAAAACAUUCAUUGUAUUGCCUUACUGAUGAGUUCAGAAGGGAACAUACUAUGUAUAUAUUCUAUCGAAGUGCAUUAGCAUAAGUUACUUUCGGUUAAUAUUCUUUAUAUACGAAAUGAGUUUUUGUAAAUAAAACUGUGAUGUAAAUAUAUGAAAAAAAAAAAAUGUGUACUAUGAUGAUUUUUUUAAUCACUUGAUGAAUUAUGUGAUUCCGGUUUUAUAAAGUGGAAUGAAUAAGAGGUUUUUUCUUUUGUCAAA